AUGGGACGCGUCACGGUCAGGACGCGUCGAAGCGAACGGCAAUUCCCGAAAGCGUACCGGCGCUCCCAGCCUGAGAAUACUGCAGCUUUGGAGCUCGUCAGGGAGACUCAUCGGCUGCCCUUCAAGCUUCAAGCUCAAGGUUCGACAAGUCGUAUGCGGAGGCUGCCAAGUCAAAUACGAUGGAAGCCGAAAGCCGCCAAUGGAUCUGCAACGGUCGGAGCCAAUGUGUACUUCCUUUUCCCCGCUUUUCCACCCCCUCCGCGUGAUUCCGUGUUCGUGGAAAUUUGUUCCCAGGAAAAACAAGAUGCAGAAGACAGCAACCUAGCAGCUCUGCAGUCAGACCGAGCUGGCAGGGACAUCACAUCCAUCUGCAGACCCAAAUCCUUGUCACGGAGCCAUUAUGUCUGGAUACGUAGGCACCUUCCUUAA